CUGUGUGUUGAAACCUCUUUGAUAAUAUUCAUGCCGACUGUAAAACUCAAAUCUGUAAAUGGAUUCGACUUCUUCUAAGCCAAUCAAAUUAAGAUAUCACGAAGGAGUCACUGACAACGUCCAAUUAUUAUACGCAGAGCAUGAAGUGGGCGUUGUGUCCGGAACAGCUGAAAGAGUUCUGUAUUUUUUUUGUUGCUCUAAGUGUAGUUUGAUCACAUAUGCGCUUGUGAUGUCGAUGUGUCAUAAGUGAAAGAGAUGAAUGAGAGGAGACCCUGAACCACCUAACCGGGACAAUUCGAACGUUUUUUUUAAUAGAUGGAACACCGGUUGAGUAUUUGACAGCAAGACAUGGAACCGUCUCCCCCUUACACCCCACUCCCCCUGAAACCUGGCCCCUCCCCUUUCCCAACUACCGCCAAAGCUGCUGCAGGCACUAGACCCACGAUGACCCUGCCUAAAACCACACCAUCCGUCCCUCCCUCUCCGGUCUCAUCUUCCCCACCUUCUCGUCCUGAUCCCCCGCUCUCUCCCCCUUCACCCUCCCUCUCCACCCCUCCUGCCUCCCCCCUGCGGCCACCCAUCAGACCUGUCUCCCAGGCUGGACGGUCCCAGCUCAAUGCUGCCAGCGUGUCAGCAAAAGAGCCGAGGGGGGUUGGUGCUGCUGGAAAUACCCCAGUCAGACCCGCUAAUGCCCCUCUACGACAGGCUUCAGUAGCUGAGUCAGAUGAGCCAGAGGAGGAGCUGAGUUUGGAAGAGCUGGAGGAGAGGGCCAAGUCUGGAGAUGCCAAAGCUCAGUCCAGGAUGGGCCGGUUCUACUUGGCCCUGGCUGAGCAGAGAGAUGAGGAGCUCAACAACUGUACAGCAGUGAGCUGGCUGUUAGAAGCCACCAAACAGGGCCGCAAGGACGCCGUCAAGAUGCUGCAGCGCUGCCUAGCGUCCAGGAAAGGCAUCACAUCAGAGAACUUUGAGGAGGUGAAGAAACUUUGUACAGAGACAAGGUUUGAGAGAGGCGUGAGGAAGGCUGCUCUGGUUAUGUACUGGAAGCUCAAUCCAGAGAAGAAGAGGAGGGUGGCUGUGUCAGAGAUGCUGGAGAAUGUUGAACAUGUCAACACUGACCCUGGUAACGCCUCAGCCCAGGGCCCCAUCUCAACGUCAGUGCAGAAACAGAGGAGAGUCCUGGAGAGUCUGGUCACCAGCAAAGCCUCGUCCAUUGAUGUGGGCCUAGAUGACUUUGUGGAGAUCACUAAGAAGUACGCUCAGGGCAUCCCCCCUACCCCCACCAUGGCUGGGGCCGGCGGUGACGACGACGAUGACGAAGAACCUGUGAAAAACCCAGAAGACCUCCCACUUCACCAAAAGGUGUUGAAGUUCCCCCUGCACGCCCUGCUGGAGAUCAAGGAGCACCUGAUCGACUGGGCGUCCCGGGCGGGCAUGCAGUGGCUCAGUGCCCUCAUCCCCACACACCACGUUAACGCGCUCAUCUUCUUCUUCAUCAUCAGCAACCUCACCAUCGACUUCUUCAUCUUCCUCAUCCCCCUGAUCAUCUUCUACCUGUCAUUCUUCUCCAUGGUCAUCUGUACACUGCGUGUCUUCCAGAACUCCAAGGCGUGGGAGAACUUCCGGGCUCUGACGGACCUGUUGUCCCGUUUCGAGCCAGGCCUGGACCUGGAGCAGGCUGAGACCAACUUUGGCUGGACCCACCUGGAGCCGUACCUCUACUUCCUUCUGUCGGUGGUGUUCGUGGUCUUCUCCUUCCCGGUGGCCGACAGGGCCUGCAUCCCCUGCUCGGAGCUGGCCACUGUGGCGCUGUUCUUCACCGUCACCUCCUUCCUCAGCCUCCACGCCUCCGCCGAGCGCUUCGCCCGACGCGCCCUGCUCACAGAGGUCUUAUCGGGGGUGUGCGCUCUUACGCAACUGUUACCGGAGAGUGUCUGGUAUCUCCGGGUGUUGGGUAUGACGUUUGUGACCGUGCCUCUGGGGGAGGUGGUGGCUCUGAACGUGGGCGUGCCGUGUCUUCUCUACGGCCACCUGUUCUACCUGCUGUUCCGCAUGGCGCAGCUGAGAGGCUUCAAGGGCACCUACCUCUGCCUCGUUCCCUACAUGGUCUGCUUCGUCUGGUGCGAGCUGUGCCUGGUCCUCCUCCACUCCUCCUCCGCCAUAGGCCUGAUUCGGACCUGUGUGGGCUACUUGCUCUUCCUGUUUGCCCUGCCUGUGCUCACUCUAGGCCUGGCCGCCAUGGUGAUCUUCCAUUUCCUCCAGUGGUUCACGGGUCUGCAGCUGACCAAGAUGCUGGUGACUCUGAUCGUGUGUGCGGUCCCGGUGGUUCUGCGGUUGUGGACACGGUACAGCCUGAACCCGCUGGCGGUGGUCCGGUCCCUGUCGCGCAGCAGCGUGGUGAAGCUGAUCCUGGUGUGGAUUACGGCUGUGGUGAUGUUCUGCUGGUUGUAUGUCUACCGCUCGGAGGGGAUGAAGGUGUACAACUCCACCCUGACCUGGCCACAGUACAGUAACCUGUGUGGGCCAAAGGCCUGGAAGGAAUACAACAUGGCUCAGACCCAGAUCCUGUGCUCUCACCUGGAGGGCCACCGGGUCACAUGGACGGGCCGCUUCAAAUACGUCCGCGUAACCGACAUUGACAACGGAGCCCAGUCCGUCAUCGGAUUACUUCCUGUGGUCGUUGGGAACUGGGUGAGGUGUCUAUACGGAGAGCCGUAUCCGCUCUGUGAAAACAGCAGCGCUCCGGCCCUGCCCCAACCCGCCCCCCCGCCCCCACCGGAAGACCCCUUGUGCAAACUGAAGAAGCUCGCCAAGCACGAGUGCCACGUGAAGCGCUUUGACCGCUACAAGUUUGAGGUGACCAUGGGCAUGCCCCUGGAGAGGAAGAGUAAGAACGGGACCAUCAUAGAGGACGAGGACGCCACCAAGGACAUCGUCCUGAGGGCCAGUAACGAGUUUGGACCUGUUCUGCUGCACCUGAGCACCGGCAGCAUGGUGGAGUUCAGCACGGUUCUGGAGGGGCGGCUGGGCUCCAAGUGGCCGGUGUUUGAGCUGAAGGCCAUCCACUGUCUUACGUGUGAGGACGCCCGCGUGCCUAGCGGCAGGCAGUAUAAGAUAGAGCAUGACUGGAGGCGCUCGGCGCAGGGGGCCCUGCAGUUCGCCUUCGACUUCUUCUUUAACCCCUUCCUCACCGUGCGGCUGGAGCAGGACAUGGAGACACGGACUGUACCACAAACUAGAGGCUAGAGGGGUUUACUGGAUACAAGUAUCUGAAGGACAAUGGAUGCAUGGGGGGGGAUACACACACAGUCACACUAAGAUGUUAGAAGGCCUGUAUUUAGCCAGCCUGCAGUGUGAAUGGUUCUGCAGGAUGUCGUCCGCUCUACUGUUCCAGUCAUGUGUUUAUUAUGACCCCAUCAGUCUACACAGUAUCUACACUUCCUGGAGUCCAACAGGAAAACAGCAUGGCCCAAACUCAGAUCCACUGGCUCACAUUGCACUAUACUGACAGGUUAGAGUGUAGGGCCAGCAACAGGUACCUGGUUCGAAUCCCCAAUCCACAUCACGCUAACUGGUCCUGUAAGUGGCUCUGGGUGAAGGCUGCUAGAAUGUUGUAAAUGUAGAUGAAACAGUUGUAGCAGCAGUAUUGGAUCAAAAGUGCAAUAGAAUGAUAUCAUAAAGAAACAUAACUAGACCACUUACAAAUGGAGACCAUUCACACAAACUAUAUACUGUCAUACAUGUAACCCCCCCCCCCC